GGUGCCUCACCCUGUAUAUUCUCUGAAAUAUAAGUUAAAACACAUUUAUUACAUAAAUCCAAUAUUUUAUUUUAAACAGUUAAUGAGUACUCUUAAAAGGGAUACCAUAUUUUUUUGAAAUACUUAAUUAUGUUAAUUAUGUUAUUUUAUGAAAUACUUAAUUAUGUUAUAUAUCAUUUUAAUAAUUUACUGCAUUGCUCUCUCAGUUCCACAAUUAAAUCUAUAAGAUUAAAUUCUGCUACAUAUAAUAUUCUGUUAUAUAAUACUCUCGAGUACAAUAAUGCUGCAUUAUACUGAUAUCGUCAUAUUAUACUAUAUUCCACUUCGAAGUCUAAAGCUGCUCUAAUUGCUACAUGGAAUUAAUUCUGACGGAGAAGGACAAUAUUGUACGUCGCGUGCUUCUAAUAACCUUCCAUAAAUUCGCAUUAUCUAAAGUCACUUGGAUCCUGCCACAAUGACUCGCUUUUGACCGCAUAAUAUCCGACACUCUCUUCCGGCGACCUUGUCGACCCUUGUGGCAUCCAUGGCACAAAGCGCAUAAAAGCUGCAAGCGGCCCGCGCACCUACGAACGGGUCGAAAGCGGUUGCGUAGACCGGACGUGGCCGCGCAUCAGUAAGAACUGAGAUACCGCCUUGUCCACAUCCGCGAUCUUAACGAAAAACUUUGUAGAAAGAAGAAUAUCUCUGAUGUAUCGAAAGCAUGUACGGCAAUUCACGAUUGAUCAACUGGAAAUGGCAACAGAAUUGACAGCAAAGCUGUUGCUGCCGACUGCAUAACUCCAAGAAUUUAUAUUACUGAUAUAUAUUAAUUAUGGAGAUGAUGUUAAUACGUUUGCGUAAUGUAAUGUAAUUCAUCUGGCUGACUCGCUGUAUUUAUCCCACAUCAAGAAAUUAUACCAUGCUUCGACAUGGCAAUAAAAUGUGUGGAAGGCCCUUUUGUGUUCAGGCUAAAUGAGAAUGGUACCGGACCGCAUCUGCUCAUACAGGUUUGCACGGAACGGGGGUGGCGAGAGUAUGCCGGCGAAAAUAAUGUAUUCAAAGAUCGAUGGAAUUUAUGGUGGCGGUCCGGCGGUUUUCCCACGUCACAUUAUAGGCUAUUACUUCCUUGGCAGCAGUUCAUCAAUCGGAUACCAAAGGGAAAUUCCAUCUGUCGAAAGAAUAAGCUGAUUCGUCACUUGAACUUCAUGAAAAAAAUUCAUGGUUCAAUUUAUGACUUCAGUCCCACAGGAUAUAAUUUGCCUUCCGAGUAUACGAAACUGGCUGAGGAAUGCAAUCGCUGCGAAAAGAAUGACAAAGUGUGGAUCUGCAAGCCGGUUGGCCAAAGUCAAGGAAAAGGGAUUUUUCUAUUUCGUAAAUUAAGUGAUCUAUCAUACGACAAUGCCGCGGUUGUGCAAAGAUACAUCGAGAAUCCUCUAUUAAUCGGUGGAUACAAAUUUGAUCUUCGUUUGUAUGUAUGUGUGCCAUCAUAUCGUCCGUUAACGAUUUAUCUCUACAAGGAAGGCCUCGCGCGUUUCGCUACUCAGAAGUUCUCUUUGGAGCGAUUGGAUGAUCCUUUCCGACAUCUCACAAAUGUCUCCCUGAACAAAUUGGGACCAGGCUACUCGGAGAAGAAGGAACGCAUCGGUGCCGGUUGCAAAUGGACGUUUAGACAAUUAAGAAGAUACUUGGAGCAAUCAGGAUAUUUCGACUGGAUUCUUUGGCAGAGGAUCUCAUGUUUAGUGACUUUAACAAUUCUAAGUCAAGCGGCAGCCAUACCUACAUCUUCAAAUUGUUUCGAAUUUUACGGCUUUGAUGUGUUAAUCGACGAGAAUUUGAAGCCAUGGCUCUUAGAGGUGAAUUUGAGUCCAGCAUUGAGUAACGACUGCGAAGUCGAUUCGGAAGUAAAAAAACCGAUGCUGCACGACCUGUUCGAUUUACUAGGUCUUCCAAUAUGUAAUACCGGCCUUUCUCUGUUCACAAUCUGGACCUCCUCUAAACACAUCGAGGAGAAUGAAGAGUCUUCCAAAUUCGGUCGUUCCACCAAAAGAAAAACGAAACCUGGACGAGAAACGGACACUUUUUUAAAUCUCUCUUCAGAUACUCGAGCUACGCUGAGACAAUCAACGCCGGAAGUUUGCUCAACCUGGUCCCGUUACAAUCCAUUAUUAAUGGAUAAAUAUAUACGUCGAGGAUAUAAAGGAAACACGAUUGAGGAUCACACAUCAUCACCGAUUUGGGGCAAUGGUAGGAAUUGGAGAGCUCCUUGUGUAAAGGAGGGCGGAUGGAUCCGUAUUUGUCCAUUAACUCGAAGGAAACAUAUCGAAGAUACUGAAUGUACGAGAUCAUCGCCCGGGAUUGUUGAGAACGAGAUUAAAAAUAUGGUUUUUGCUAUACAAAAGUACCUAAAAGCUGCAAAAGAAGUGUAUCAAAGGAACGAAAAGCUCAAAGACAAACAAUGCAAUGCUCUUCUGCAAAAUGCGCUUCAAUUGAAUACGGAAAUUUGGCUGCCAGAAAAGUAAAAAUCUCAAAGUCUACAUCUUUUACAGAAGAUUUUCAAAUUUAUUUACUGUCAACGCUUUUUCAUCAUGUAGAACUAUGUAUUAAAAAUAUUUAUGCAGCUACUUAUAAUGCACAGUAUAUUAAAUGUCCAUCUUUAUUUUAUUGAUCUUGACUGUACAGUAUAUCUCGUGUAUUGCAAUUGUGAUAUAAUUGUUUUGAAAUUUUAUUAUACAAUAAGUAAUUCAAUUUGCAUUAAUGUACACAUUUAGCAUUAAAUAUAGCCAUCUUGUGUCCAAAUAAAAAUUAUUUUAUUACAAAA